GAUUUUUGGCAGAUGCACCGAAGGCUUUUCAGAUUGCAUCCAUUCUCUGGGUCCCCCUUUUAUGCCAGUUUCAUUAGGUAGAUUUUCCACCUGAGUGAGGAACUUCCCACCACCACCCCAGCCCACAAACAUUGUUCUGCAUUCACAAGUUCGUUUCAUGCUCUUAUGGUUUUCUUUUUUUCCCCAGCCAUUCCAUCCUGCACCCUUCUGCAUCGCUUUUUCCCUCGUUUGCUUUUGCUGCUGCAGCUUUCAUUCAUGCCACGUCAGUUGACAUAAUGCGACAUGGCCACACACACACAAGCCAACAAACCACCCAACGCCCUCUAAGCCACCCACAAACACCCCUCAUUGUCAACUACUGCACUUGGCAAAAGUUUCUGCCAGGCUUUUGCCAUGAAAGUGCCAUUCAAAUCUACAGCCCCCCUCCUUUAUCCUCAGCCUCCUUUUCUAGAUUGCCACAAGUUUGCUGCUUGAUCGAAAGGGUUUCUAUUCCAAACGUUCCGGCUUUGUAGCCUAGGCAACUUGUGGUAAACACAGCAAGCCAUGUUUGUUUAUUCAUAAAAAACAAUAACAAAACUCGGCACAGAACCCGAAAAGACCUCGACAUAGGCAAACACAAAACUCUUUAAAAACACACUAAGGAUUGGCAAGUAAACAGUCUAUAGAGGUUUUCAAUAUCACACCAAGUGCUUGCGUAAAUAAGUUGGUCUAAAAGCAUCAGAAAACCAUCAGUGUUAGAAAACAUUAGUAAUUAUUGUAAAUUUCUAACCAUUUAAAGGAUCAAAAGUUUUUUAAGGACACUAAAAAUUACAAAAGUUAAACAAACUAAAAUUUUAAUAAUUUUUAAACAAUUGAAUUUAGUUUGGUAAAGAUGAAAUGUGAACAUUUUUAAAGAUUAAACAGAUAAAUUAAGGAUCACAAAGAUCAAAAAGAACUAACAAACUUUAUACCCAAAGAUAUAUUAAAUCAAACCAAGAUCCCUGAAUCUCCUUAGCAAAUAUGGGUUAGUAUAAAUCAAAAAUUCUCAUGAAAAACCCAUUAGAUCAACCUGAAAUUUUCCCAGAUAAAACCGCCGAGCGUGAGGCUAGAUUGGAAGGAAUAGAGCGCGUGCUCAAGAUGUCCCGGGAACGGAUUACGAUAGCUAUGAUCAUACCAAAGCUACUGGAAAAUCCCGAAAAACUAAAGAGUGUCCUCAUGGGUACUUGCUAUGAAGAGGUUUUGGAACCUAUCGAUGCCAUGAUUCGUCAUCUGGGAAAGCAGACUGGCCGUUCCAAGCUGCCCCACGAUCAUACCACAAUGCGAAUUGUGGAUUUCUUUCUAGUCAAUCAUAAUAUUCAUCGAUUCUUUCCGCAUUUAAAGCAUAAUCUUCAUGAAAGAGAUCGCCAGUUGUUGGCUGCCUUUCACUUUCUCGUGGAGAGUGCCCAUAUGCACCUGCAUCGAUCCUCGCGAAGUGAGAUCACCAAGGAGCGCAAGCUGCAUGCCAUCUAUCAUCAAAAUGUGGACAUACAGAAGAAAAUCAAAGAACUGAAUGCCAGUCUGGCCUUCCAGAAGGUCAUUGGAAAGUGGAAGACAGCAGCCAAGGGUAUCCACCUAAUGAAAGUUGAAGAAGAUCUGGCCAAUAAGAAGUGGCAGAACAAUGUGGCUAUACAGAAUGAAAUUGAAAAGUGCAAUCGCACUAUGCGUAUCUACCACAAGGGUAGCAUGGACAGGCAGAAAGAGCUGGAGGAAGAGCUAACUAAUGCCCGGGAAACCUAUGAAAAGAUGACCAAGAAGCACCUGGCCGAAGAAGUGGAGUUACGAAGCGAGAAAAACAAAUUACUUCUUCAACUGCAAAGUAUUAUCAAGAAAUACGACAUGAGCUUGGGCGAGAAGAUGAGAGAGAAUUUGGUGGCUCAAGAUCAGUUUCUGGAGGCCAAGAAGAUCCUGGACGACUUUAUGGUCACAUUUAGGCAUGAAGAGCUUAUCUACAAGAACAUUGUGGUGAAACGGGAAGAUGAGGAGCGUCGCGUGCAGCAGCAGAAGCUGGUAAUCUUUAUGAUGAACAGGGCGGCGGCCAAGAUCCAGAAAUACUGGAGGAAAUGGAAGAAGGAUCAGCGCAAGAAGAAGCGGGGUGGCAAGGGCAAGGGCAAGAAGGGAAAAUAGUUGGAAAACUAUCUCCUAUUUUAUUUCUACAUUGUGCACUUUUUAUGUAGAAAUGUAAAUAUUCUACUAAAAUUUCUAAAAUCCUUA